AUGAUAUCAGAGGCUGAGACUGAGGAGGGGUACUUGCCAGCGCAAUUGGAUGGCGGAGGGGUCGUGAAGGUUCGGAGCUACUCUACGCGCGCCGAACAGUCGAAGAGGACCUGUUUGCCGCUCUGGAUGAGAUGGAAAGAAUCCUGGGGCAUCCUUGUGGCCAUUGUAGCUAUCGUGGGUGUGAGCGUCUACAACUUCAGCAGCUCAGAUGCCUCCUUGCGCUUCCACGCGAGAGAAUCCGUGGAGGACUUGGCGAAGACCUACGGCGCGGAGAUCACGCGCCAGAUCCGGGUCUCCGUGAGCUCCAUCCAGGCGCUGGAGGCCAUCAUCAAGAUCGACAGAUGCAGCAGCAGCCUGGAAGACUUCGAAAGCCUGGCGAGUACUUUGAUCACCACCUACAAAGGCAUUUCCAAUCUGCAGCUUGCGCCAUUUGGCAUAGUGACAUACAUCCACCCUCUGCUUGACGAGACACAGGACAACCGCGGAGCGCUGGGCCACAACCUGUUGCUGGAUCCUGGCCGGAAAGAAGAUGCCAUCAGGACCAUCCGUGACGGGCAGACGGUGGUGGUGGGCCCCCUGAAGCUGCUGCAGGGCGGCAUCGCAGCCAUCGCCCGACGGCCCAUCUUCACCAGGUGGGCGCCCAGGUAUCUGCCGGACUCCUGGUUCUACCGCAACGGGGAGAACCACACCCGAAACUGCUCGGACACGCAGACACGCAAUGACGAGGAGUGUUACUUCCCGGGCCCUCCGGAGCCUGACGGCACGCCCACCUACUUCUGGGGCUUCGCCACCAUGCUGACGCGCAUCGAAGACCUCUUGGCGAGCGCGGACUUGUCGGGCCUGGAGCAGGGCUCUCACAAGGUGUCUGGCAUCUCGAAGUUUUCCUUUCAGCUCUACGACCUCGAGCCUCACCCCUCGCUGGCUGAUGUGGGGGGCAUUUGGCAGCAAUCCUCGAGCUCGGAGUCAUUGAGCGACGGUGUGGAAGCCGCCGUAUCCGUGGAGGAGUAUGGAUUUCAUUGGGUCUUGAAGAUCGCGCCAUUUGAUGGCUGGCCCGUUGUGUCGGAGGACUUCUGGAGACAAUUACUCCUUGUUUUGCCGAUGACCGCGUUGCUGGGAGUGGGGCUUGGUGUGAAGGUCCUUCUCGACAUGCGCAAAAAUGCGCAGAAGAUGGACCAGCGCGCCAAGUACAAGGAGGAGAAAAUCGCGAAUACGAUCCUCGGAGCAGUGUCCAGCUUGAACCACUUUCAGUUCCCCAUGUGCGUUCUGAGCAUCGAGGACUUCAAGGCCAGAGGCCGGCUGAUCCAACACGAGGAGGCCCGCGGGCAGGGCCUGCUGUACUUCUUCGACGACCCGGACGACGUGGCCAUCACCUGCGAGGCGGGCCUGACCUUUGUGAGCCAUCAGUGGGCAGGCUUCGAGCAUCCGGAUCCCCAGGGGGUCCAGUUCCGGGCGAUGCGCGCGGCGCUGGAGGAGCUGGCGGAAAAGGUGCAGUGGAUCUGGGUGGAUUAUAGUUCCAUCCCACAGACCAACUCCUUCCUGCAGCAGAACGCCAUCAAUUCCCUUUGUGUCUACGCCACCUGCUGCUCCAUCUUCCUGGCGGUGGCCCCGCCCUGCGUCCACGCGGACACCCAGCGGGAGCUGAACCUGGAGUCCUACCUCGCGCGCGCCUGGUGCCGCCUCGAGAAGCUCAGCUACGAGACCUGCACUUGGAAUGCUGGGGAGCACAGAGCAUAUCUUUGCGAUGGAAUGGACGUCAGCCAGAUGGACAUGAGCAGCAAGAACCAGCUGUUUCCGCAAGAGCUCUUCUUGGACGUGCUAGGCGGCACCUUCAGCUGCUGCUCGCGAUGCCAUCCAAAUGGUAUGGCCUGCGACAAGGAGAAGAUCAAAGGAGUGAUGCUGGGCAUCUAUUGGCGCCUGCUGUGCGCCCGCCGGGAUUGCGCUGCAAGCUUCAGCACGGAAGACACGCUGCAGCUCAUCGGAAGCAACAUGGAGAAGUACUUCCCGGCGAAGCACGAGAAGUGCACCGAAGCGGGGCUGACCUCCGUGGAGCUCUUCGGCGGAUACCUCCCCACCUUGGAGAAGCUCUUUGAGGAGGACUCCAGCCUGGACGAGGGCCAGCGCAUCGAGGUCUCCGGCAUCUUCCACCCAUUGGGCUCCAUUCCUUUGGAGGGCUCCAGGCUCCCGGCGCCCUUCAUGACCAAGCGCUUCUCCAACUCUUCGGACGGCAAUUGCGGCCCGCCCUCGCUCUCCUCAGGCUAA